AUGGCCGUCGCCGCGCACGAGACUGAUGAGGAAUUGGGAGGGCAGCAGGUGCCUCUGCUGGAGGGCGACUGUAACGGGCUGUCGCAGUCAUGCAGACUCGCCCAGGGAUCUGGAGAGAAAGACAGCGAGCAGCAAAAGGCAGUCAGGACGCUGCUGCUGGUCUUGUCCGUCAGCUUCACAUUCAUGCUUGUAGAGUUUGUGGGCGGCGGGAUUGCGCACAGCUUGGCCAUCAUGACGGACGCAGCUCACCUCCUUUCGGAUGUGUGCGCGUUUGCGCUGUCGGCCAUGGCCUCGUAUUGGGCCUCCAAGAGGAGCAAGCCCACGCAUUCCUUUGGGUAUCACCGGGCUGAAGUAUUUGGUGCACUGGUCUCUGUUCUCAUAAUCUGGCAAGUGACUGGCAUGCUGGUGGUUGAGGCAGUGCAGCGACUAAUCCAUCCAUCAAAUGUCAAUGGCAAACUGAUGUUCUGCGUGGCCGUUGCGGGCUUCUUCAUGAACUUGAUCAUGAUCUUCAUUCUGGGGACACACUCGCAUGAAAAAGGAAGUUGUGGUGACGAUCCUGAGCGUGUAGAGCAAGUGCAAAGGGACCAGGAACAGGGGCACAACAAUGAGCACAGUCAUGACCACAGCCAAGGGCAUCACCACAGCCCCACUUGUUCGCAUGCAAGCCCAGGACAUGGUAAUGGCCAUGCUGAUGGCCUUGCAAAUGACAAUGUUGAUGGUCACGCUAAUGGCCAUACAAUUGGCCACACGAAUGCCCUUGGCAAUGGCCAAGCUAGUGGCCAUGAUAACAUGAGCCUCCGAGCCGCAUUGAUCCACAUUCUUGGUGACAUGAUCCAAAGCAUAGGUGUUGUGGUGGCAGGAGGCUUGAUAUGGUGGCAUGAAGAUGACCCAAGAUGGAAUAUCGCCGAUCCCAUAUGCACGUUUUUCUUUGCUGCACUUGUUCUCUGCACAACCGCCCCAAUUUUCGCAAACAUCACCGACGUCUUCAUGGAAAGAGUGCCUCGAGGAUACUCAACCGAAAGCAUUGCUCAGGAACUGAGCGAUCUGGAGGGAAUCAAGGACGUCCAGGAUUUGCAUAUUUGGAGCCUCACACCUGGCAUACCACUGCUGUCUGCUCACAUCUUGGUCCACAGUGACGCUGAUGGCAAGGAAGUCGUUGGACGGACAACCCGCUAUUGUCGGUCUAUAGGCAUUGAACACACGACAAUCCAGGUGGACUACAAUGUUUGUCACGAUGAAGACUAG